CAAAUAGAAGAGGAGCCUACAACUACACAUAUUCAACAGGAGCUACCUCUGCAGCAGCACAUGCACAAGUGCAGCACCAGGGGUUCUUGAUGCAUCCAUCAGGCGGGCGGCAGCCAGGAGUUGUCCAAAUGAAGAGCCUUCCGCUCCAUCUCGUGGGAGCUUCUCCCUAUCCUGGAACAGCACAAUUAUUACCCAAAAAUGUUGCGCUCAACAUGGGCUCGAGUCUUCAACUCCCGCAUAAGGAACCCCUUCCCGGACCUUUGUUACAAGCGCCUCCAGUCUUGCCACAGCGCGCGUUUCUCAGUCGAGGAUCAACCAUGAUACAACAAGGACCUAUUUUUACUACAGCUGCUAAUUAUAUACAAAGUCCAGCUCCACCUUUGGGAGCUGUCCCCACAGGAGGACGACCACCUUUGGGAGCUGUAACCACAGGAGGACGAGCGCAAGUGAUGCCUAUGCCUUCUAAAGUGGUAGUGACGAGCG